CGCAAGUGUAGGCAGUGAUACUGUGGUGGAGCUAUCGAGUCAAGAUUUCAGACAUGGCGGCAACGAAUGAAACCAAAUGUAAAAAUAAUUCUGUUGUGACUGAUUUUCUCCAGUUCUUGAACGCUUCCCCAACUGCUUUCCAUGCCGUUGAGGAGGCAAAGAAGCGUUUGAUAAGCGUUGGAUAUGAACAAGUAUCUGAAAGAGCGGACUGGAAAUUAGAAGCCGGGAAGAAGUACUUCUUUACCAGAAACCAUUCAACCAUUGUUGCUUUUGCGAUCGGUAAAAAAUAUGUUGCUGGGAAUGGAUUUCAUAUUGUUGGUGCUCAUACUGACAGCCCUUGUGUGAAACUGAAACCGGUGUCCAAGGUAACAAAAGGAGGAUAUCUGGAAGUUGGUGUUCAAACGUAUGGGGGUGGGUUGUGGCACACAUGGUUUGAUCGUGACUUAACAAUUGCAGGAAGGGUGAUUGUAAAGAAAGAAAAAAGUGGUUCGGUGUCAUAUAUUCAUCGACUUGUUCGAGUUGAGGAUCCCAUAAUGAGAAUUCCGACGCUAGCAAUUCACUUGGACAGGGGCACAGAUGGGUUUAAGGUGAACACACAGAGUCAUCUUCUCCCAGUUUUGGCAACAAGUAUUAAGGGGGAAUUGAACAAAGCUGUUACCAAGAAUGAUGCACAAAAUGAUGGAGAGAAAACAGAUCCUAAGUCAAGUCCCAAUAGCUCAAAGCAUCACACGCUUCUAUUACAGCUACUUGCCGAUCAACUCAACUGUGAACCAGAUGACAUUUGUGAUUUUGAAUUGCAAGCUUGUGACACACAACCUAGUCUGGUUGGUGGUGCACAGAAAGAAUUCAUUUUUUCUGGAAGGCUCGAUAAUUUAUGCAUGUCGUUUUGCUCUUUGAAGGCGCUGAUUGACAGUACAUCUUCUGAAACUAGCCUUGAGAAUGAGCCUGGUGUUAGAAUGGUGGCCUUGUUCGACCAUGAAGAAGUCGGAUCUAAUUCAGCCCAGGGAGCUGGUUCCCCAGCAAUGCUUAAUGCUUUAUCACGAAUUACAAACUCCUUCAGCUCUGACUCUUCGCUGGUUGAGAAAGCUAUCCAGAGAAGUUUCCUUGUCUCGGCUGACAUGGCACAUGCAUUACAUCCUAAUUAUAUGGAUAAGCAUGAAGAAAAUCAUCAGCCCAAGUUGCAUGGAGGGUUGGUUAUCAAGAACAAUGCAAAUCAAAGAUAUGCAACCAAUGCAGUCACAUCGUUCAUAUUCAGGGAAUUGGCGGUGAAUCAUAACCUUCCUGUUCAGGAUUUUGUGGUCCGCAAUGACAUGGGUUGCGGUUCAACCAUCGGCCCCAUUCUUGCCAGUGGCGUAGGUAUACGAACCGUAGAUGUUGGAGCACCACAGCUAUCAAUGCACAGUAUUCGAGAAAUGUGUGCUACAGAUGAUGUCAAUCACUCCUAUGAGCAUUUUAAGGCCUAUUAUGAAGAGUUCUCUAGUCUUGAUGAGAAGCUCACAGUCGAUAUGUAGGACAGUAUUCCUCUCCGUCUUCAAAAUUCUCCAAUAAACCAACAGAAGGAAGGGUACCUGCCACCUAGUUGUUAGCACAAGUUACUCAUGUAAUACCAUUACUAUGGUUAUGUUUCUGAGUCACUGUUUGAUUGUUAUUAGAUUGCAACAUGAAACGUCAAUAACAUAGUACGAGUUCUCCGCAAAUAGUUUUGAGCAAAUGUUGUUUUCACAUCUAAUAACAUUUGCUUUUGUUUA